ACUAGUAAGAAGCUCUGACAUUCAAUCCCAUCUAACUUCCUCAGUAGAAUCUACAGUCAGUGAUGGAGGUCCAAAAAUCUGAUCAAUCUGCCCAAGCUAAGAUAUGGAAAUUCAUAUACGGAUUCGUCGAUACGCUUGUUCUCCGGUCUGCCAUCGAACUCGGCAUUGCAGACAUCAUCAACAACCACGGCGAGCCGAUCACCCUCUCCGACUUGGCCACACAACUUCCGGUGCAGCCCACCAACACCAACAACUUGUUUCGCAUAAUGCGGUACUUGGUGCACGUGAAAUUGUUCACCAAAGAAGUCGAUGACGACGGGACGGUGAGAUAUGGGCUACAACCGGCGGCUAAGUUCAUAUUGAAAGGGUGGGACAGGAGCAUGGUCCCAGCCAUAAUCGCGAUCACGGAUAAAGAUUUUAUGUCUCCUUGGCAUUACCUUAAGGACGGUCUGGCCGGAGGCAGGACUACUGCAUUCGAGAAAGCCUUGGGGAAGGGAAUUUGGGAUUACAUGGCGGAGAACCCAGCGCAGAAUCAGUUGUUCAAUGAGGCGAUGGCGUGUGAUACGCGGCUGUUGACGUCGGCUUUGAUCAGGGACUGUAAGGAUAUGUUUAAUGGAAUGAAGUCGCUGAUCGACAUUGGUGGUGGCACAGGCACCGCGUUGCGAGCCAUCGCCAAGGCCUUCCCUCACAUGAAGUGCACCGUCUUCGAUCUCCCACACGUCAUAGCCGAUUCGCCGAAUUACCCAGAGGUCGACCGUGUUGAGGGCGACAUGUUCAAAUCCAUUCCCAGUGCCGACGCCAUUUUAAUGAAGUGCAUCCUCCAUGAUUGGGCCGAUGACGAAUGCAUUAAGAUCCUGAAACAAUGCAAAGAAGCGGUCCCGCGAGACGGUGGGAAGGUGAUAAUUGUCGACAUUGUGUUGGACAUGGACCCUGUGCAUCCAUACAACAAUAUGAGGCUGUGCAUGGAUUUGGACAUGAUGCUUAAUACUGGAGGGAAGGAGAGGACUGAGGAAGAAUGGAAGAAGCUCAUCCUGAGUGCCGGAUUCAGUGGGUACAAGAUCAAGCAUAUAUCAGCUGUUCAAUCUGUCAUUGAGGCAUACCCCUAUUAGCAUUAAUCUAUCUGUUAGUUGGUUCUAAUGUUGCCUUAAUCUGAUUGAAGUAAGAGGUGUUGGAUUUGGUAUUCUAAGGGUGUAAUGUGUUGUCCCUUUGAUAGGUUUUUCUUUUGACCUUGAUGUAAGUUUUUUGUUUUCAUUGUUAUUUCUAAAUAAAUUCUCUUGUUUUUCCGGUAAAUAAGGAAAAGGAAAUGAGAAAAUCAAAUCAAAUCAAGGCUA